AUGUCAGCUCCUCUACUUCCCAUCAGACGACCCACCACCUCCCUCUCCCGCCUCCUCGAAUCCAUUCCCCCUCUCCCGACGCCGACGCCGACGACAACCACGUCGCCAAUCUCAGAUCCUCCUUCGCCCAACCCUAACCCUAACCCUAAACUACCCCCCGAUCUCCUCCCCCUCUUCUCCUCCCUCCUCAUCCACCCUUCCCUACCCCACCUCUCCGCCGCCUUCUCCGCCCUCUCCCUCCUCCGCCACCACCGCCUCGCCUCCCCGCUCCUCCUCCUCCACCCCAUCUCCUCCCUCCUCCACUGCGCCUCCGCCAUUAACGCCCUCCCCGAAGGUCUCCAGCUCCACGCUCUCACCCUCUCCCUCGGUCUCCACCCCCACCCCUCCCUCGUCCCCCGCCUCACCUCCUUCUACGCCGCCCAUGGCCUACUCUCCUCCGCCCACGCCGUCGCCGCCUCCGCCUCCGCCACCGGGUACGUCCUCCCUUGGAACCUCCUCAUCUCCUCCUACCUCCGCCACGGCCUCUCCUCCCACGCCCUCGCCGCGUUCAACGAGAUGCUCCGCAGGGGCGUCUCCCCCGACCGCUUCACCUACCCCUCCGCCCUUAGGGCCUGCGCCGAGCUCUCCGACUUGGAGUCGGGGAGGGAGAUCCACCGCCGCAUCGAGGUCGAGGGCGACGCGCACUUAGGGGUCAACGUGUUCGCGCACAACGCCCUCAUCGCCAUGUACGCGAAGUGCGGUGACCUAGGCGCCGCACGCAAGGUGUUCGACGAAAUGCCCCAGAGGGACAUAGUGUCGUGGAACACCAUAAUCUCCGCCUAUGCGGCGGACGCCACGUGGUACGAGGCGUUCGUGCUCUUCGACCGCAUGCGGACGCUGGGGUUGGAGCUCAACUCCGUGACGUGGAACACCAUCGCCAGUGGGUACAUCCACACUGGCGAUUUUGCGAGGGCCCUGAGAUUGAUCUCUCAGAUGAUGUUUAGUGGGUCGGAUUUGGAUUUCGUUACGUUCGUCAUCGGUUUGAAUGCGUGUUCGCGGGCAGGGUCGCUGCGGUCGGGGAGGGAGCUCCACGGCGCUGCGAUCCGGGCUCGGUGCGAUGGGCUCGAGACCGUGCGCAAUGCGCUGAUAACUAUGUACUCCCGGUGCGGUGACCCGGACCAGGCGCAUGUGCUGUUUCGCUUUUCCGGACCGCGUGGUUUGGUCACCUGGAACGCCAUGAUCGCGGCGUUUGCGGUUGCGGACCGGGCGGAGGGCGCCGCCUCUGUGUUUGCUGAGCUGGCCCGGUCGGGCCUGCGCCCGAAUUACGUCACCGUCGUUACCUACCUCGCGCUGUGCGCCCGUGUGGCAAACCUGCAGCACGGGCGCGAGCUGCACUGCUACAUAGUGAAGGAGGAAGGGUUUGAGGGCUACCGGUUGCUGUGGAACUCGCUGGUCGACAUGUACGCAAAGUCCGGGAGGAUCUCAACCGCCCGUCGGGUGUUCAACGCGAUGAACAACCGCGAUGAGGUUUCCUACACCUCGCUGAUCGCUGGUUAUGGAAUACAAGGUGAGGGGCCUGCUGCGCUGGGACUGUUCGAUGAAAUGGUCGAGAGAAACAUUAGGCCCGACCAUGUCAGCUUGGUGGCCGUUCUCUCUGCGUGUAGUCACUCGGGGCUUGUUUCGGACGGCGAAAAGCUCUUUCGGAGAAUGGUUGAGGAGUAUAAGAUCCGGCCGCGAAUGGAGCACUACUCUUGCAUGGUGGAUCUAUUCGCGAGGGCGGGUUUAUUGAAGAAGGCGGAGGCGAUGCUUGAGCAGGCGCCGCUCCUUCCGACCGCCGCCAUGUGGGCGGCGCUUGUGGCGGCUUCUCAGGUGUACGGAGAUGCGGAGAUCGGGUUAAAGGCGGCGAAUAGGCUUCUAGAGAUGGGUACCGAGAAUUCAGGGCAUUACAUCUUGAUUGCGAACUUGUACGCAGCCCGUGGGUGUUGGGAGGAGCUCGCGAAAGUGAGGAUGAGGAUGAGAGAUAUGGGGGUGAGGAAGGCGCCCGGGUUGGCGUGGGCGGAUAUCGGUAACGGGUUCCACCCAUUUGCAGUGGGGGAUAGGUCGAACCCCCUCGCGCCGGAGAUCUAUGAGGUGCUCGACGAAUUGUCCGAACAGAUGAGAGAUGUGGGGCGAGAUGGCGACGAUUUCUUGGGAUUUUUUGAUGAAUUUUAAAGAGCGGGGGCAGAAUUUGACUUUGUCACAGCAGUAGGGUUGCUCUUGUACGAUACGAAAAAUUGUGCGACAGAGACAAGAUUUUAGACUUGUCUUUGUAUGAUUGGUGGCAAAGAAUGGGCAGAGAAUAUUUUAGAUUUUGGAGACUCGCUUUGUGGGGGAGAAAUAAAUGUUAUCAUAUGUUUAUUUCAUAAAUCACAGCCCCCAACAUGUUUUAUUUCA